CUGUCUCUCUCUCUCUCUCUCUGCAACAAGUAAGCGAAAGCGAUCGAGUGAGAGUAUUGAGUUCAACGAUUGAGCGAGUGAUUUUCUCUGCAACGAUUGAGCGAGUGAUUUUCUGGGUUCUCUCUCUGUAAGGACUGUGUGAAAUUUUGGGUUCUGAAAUCAAGAAUGGCGUGGUCUGCUAUAAAGCGCAGACAAUUGGAGGAUGGUUUUGGUUCCUUUGAGUUUGAGUUUCAGACCCAGAAGAGGAUAAGGUCUUCUAGGGUUUCUGAGACCCAACGGAGUGUAGCCGUUGAGGAAAAGUCGACCGUUGGUCUUCCUCUGCGCAAGGGUUUGGCUUCGUCUGCUACAAAAAAUGCCAACCCAGAAUCAGAAGAUCUGGGUCUUGAUGAAAUCUGUCAGACCCAGAAGAGGAAGAGGUCUUCUAGGGUUUCUGAGACCCAACGGAAUGUAGCCGUUGAGGAAAAGUCGACUGUUGGUCUUCCUCUGUGCAUGGGUUUGGCUUCGUCUGCUACAAAAAAUGCCAACCCGGAAUCAGAAGAGGGUUUUGAUGAAAUCUGUCAAACCCAGAAGAGGAAGAGGUCUUCUAGGGUUUCUAAGACCCAACGGAAGGAAAAGUCGACUGUUGGUCUUCCUCUGCGCAAAAUCAAAGGUUUGGCUUCGUCUGCUUCAAAAGAGACGUUGGAUUGUUCUAAGGUCUUGGAUUCUCUGAUGAAUCUCGGCCAUGCGAGCUACUUCAACAAGCCCGUUGUUGAUCCUGUGGCUGAGAAUCUGCCGGGUUAUUUCGACGAAAUCUGGAGGCCGAUGGAUUUGGGUACUGUGAAAUCGAAAUUGGAGAGGGGUGUCUACUCCAGCGCUGCUGACUUUGCUGCUGAUAUCAGGCUUAUCUUCUCAAACGCUUUCAGAUAUUUCCCCCUUGGGAGUAGAAAUCGUGCAGCAGCCAAGCAUCUCAGUGGGGUUUUUGAGACCCAAUGGAAAGAAGCCGAGGAGAAAAUGUCAAAUGCUUGUCCUCCUCCUACUCCUCCUCUGCCCGAACGGAGACCAAAUGGCAAGAGCUCUUCUGCUUGUACGGUUCUUAUGCAAAAUCAAGGGGUUGUUGGGGUUUCUGAUUCUCACUCAGUUAAGUCAACCAAAGAUGACGACUUGGGCACCCUUGUUCAUCAAGCCAUGUAUCAGGCCACAGACAAUCUUUCUCCAUGUAAGGCUAGGCGAAUUCAGUCGCUCAAGAUGCGAUUUUCAGGUACAAUACGGAAAGCAAACAAGAUACUAAAGGGUCUACCUGAUUCUCCACCAAGGAGAAAAUUGAUGCAUCGGAUGGAGCAAAGGGAAACGGCUCGCCUUGCUAUUUUGAACAUGGAGAAGUCAGUCCAAUUUGAGGACCCUUUAAAGGAUCUCAAACAACUUGAGAUUCUGUGUGGCUGUGGCAGUGAAAAGGUCUACCUUGGAUUGCCUCUUAAGCAUUUGGGUUUGUACCUCAAGGAAGAUGACGAGUUGCAGGGUCAGGACGAGGAGGCGUUUCUGAAUGGAGAUUGGGAGGAAGGCGAGAUCUGCUGGCAGGAAGGCGAUUGGGAGGAAGGUGAGAUCCGCUCAUGAAGUACAGUUUUUGUGUGAUUGCUAUUUGAUGGCUAAUGCAACUGAGAGCGAAUGGUUUGGGCAUGAGGGACAAAAGUACGUAAGUUUGCAAAAAAACUGAAAUCAAAUCACACGGAAGCUUAUCAAGAACUUGGAGACAAUUCCCCAUCUUCGCAGGUGCAUCAGCAGCAGCUUUUCUUUCCCUAUGAACGUAAACCAUAGAGAAAUUCCAAACUCCAGCUAAUCAGGUUUCUGCAUCUUUAAUCUGUUUUGAUUUAUUAAAGGAAUGAAAUGAUGAAUAAGUGUUUCGCAUCUGUACAAAUAAAAUGAUUUCUUGUAUAAGCUGUUCAGUUGCGAAGGUUGUUGCUAUAGAGUGUGUGCCCCACCCGUCUAACCCCAGCAUUGGCAUUUGCUUCAGUAACCCUGAUAAUCAGGAAAUCUAUGCUACCAAUUUGUGUUCGUUGGUUUCAUCUUGUCAGGUGUUUAUGCCUUGUUUAGGAAAGCUAGUUUGCAGUUUGCAUUGCUGUUGGAGUUGUGUGGCCUUCAUCAUCUCUUCAAUAAGGGUUAUAUCAUGGCUAUUUCAGAUGAGAUUUCCAAUGUGGAUAUAGUUGUCUCUGCCUGAUGCACUCCCAGACAUCCAGAUAUCUUUGAAACAUUAGCAAAGUAUGUGCUUGUUCAGAAAGUUUAUUUUUCUUUGUUCCGAGUACAUUGCUUUCUGAGCUUAUCAUUGUGCUAGUUUUUCUUUCUUCCUUUUGGUUUAAUAAAGAAUGAUAAUGAUGCAAGCCAGAAUAUUUAGCAUCUUGAGCAACCAAUUAUUCCUUGUAAAAGAAUGUUAUUGCAUCUUUAUGUUGGUUUUGAUUUAAUAAGGAUUUCUUGUCAAAGAUGUUCAGUUGCAAAGGUUAUUGGCUGUUCAGGUCCCCACAAUUUUUUUUCCCUCUUGUACUGUCUCUUCACGUCAAUAAUGCCAUAAUAUGAAGGAAAACUAUGGAGUCUGGCCCCUUUUUUUAAACUCUGCAGUGGCAUUUGCUUCAGUGACUCUGAUAAUCAGGUACACCAUCUUCAUUUCUCCUUUAUAUUUAUGAAAUAACCCAAUCAGUGUUUUCUUUGUUUUUUCUUUUGUGGCUUAGAUUUCUCCCUCCUUUUUUGUUUCUUUUUCUGGGGUCUCAUUUAUGUUGCUGUCACUAUGGUUAUGUUUUAAAGAUUAAUGACAUUUCAUGCAACAAUUUACAGAGCGGCUACUGUUUAGGAAAUCUAUGCUACCAAUUUGUGUUCUUUGGUUUCAUUUUAUCAGAUGUUUUGAGCCUUGUUUCGGAAAUCUGUGGUAAAUAAAAUUUAGGUUUGUUUCAUACUAGUAUGAUUUUCACUGAGAACUGGGUUGAUGAAGAAGAAAGGUUGUAAGUGAGUUUUAAAGUAUACUAACUACAUCUUAUGAGAUCUUGAGGUAGUUUGAGCAUUAUAUAUAGAUUAGAAUGCCCAGCAAGCAGCAGUGAAUUUUUUUUAUAUAAGAUGCCGUAUCUGGUAAAUAAAAUUGUAUACAGCUCUGGUUAGAGUUCAUUUGGCAUUGUAAUAUUUCACCUUUUCAAACGUUUUCUGUCAAUGUACAUGAGCACAAAUUUAAGUCCACUCAAAUUUUCUUUUAUUAUCAUCAAUGACUGAAAAUCAAAUAAACAGAAACCUUAGAAGUUCCACGUUUUAAACAAUCGCCAGAGCUGAUGAGGGCACUCCAAACAAUAAAAAUAGGAAACCAUUUUUAUUUGGACAUGUUAAACAGAUCCUUGGUUGGUUCUCAUCAUUUACAAAAAAAAAAACCAUGUACUUUCUGAAGUGCCUAAGCCUGCAGUGGGGCAGAUUUCUAAUGGGGAGCAGACGCAGUUUCUGUUACUGUUUGAUCUCUAAUUAUACUAUCCCUGCUCUAUAGUUUCUAACUGUUAUGUGUAUCAGAGUAGAAUAACUAGUAAGGUUGGCUUGGCACACCAUAAAUUUGACUUGGUUUACCCUUCCUACAGUCUAAAAACUUGUACAUUAAGCUUAUUUUUUAAAAUGUAUGGACUUUUGGGUUGUGUGUAGAUUGUUCUGAUUUUAGCAUUGUGUUAAUUGAUUUUGAUUCAAUUAUGGUGAGUAUAUGUCCUGGGCCCUUUUUCAGGUGAUAGAAGCAAGUCAGGCAUUUUAAAAGCUUCUUUUUCUUUAACUUUUAAUAGAAUUUUCUUUUCUUAACUACUGCUGUCAACUCUUUGGGUUCUGAUUUUCUGAUUGUCAUUGUAAGUCUUCUAAUUGAGCAUGAUAUUGUCUUUGUGUUUUGAUUUUCUGAUGGGUAUCGUGUUUACUCUGUCUUCUUUUGUUUUUACUAUAUCUUUUGUGCCUAAACAUAUCUUGCUCUUUUUCCUCGUUGUUGGGUUAGUUUGUGACCUAGGUUUGUUUUCACUAGUAUUAUGUAUAAGAUCGUUUAAAAAUGUGUUUAAACACAUCUUUAGUUCCUAUUCUUCAUUGCUUGUUUAUCUUGUUUGAUGCUUGAGCUUUAUUUUCGGGUACUAAGAUGUUUGAGCCUUAUUUUUGGGUACUGAGAUGUUUGAACAAUAUAUUAAGGUUACCAUCCAAAUGUUUAUGUUUUCCUGAAAUAUACUCUUGAAGAAAUCUUUGGUCCCAAUUCUUCAUUGCUUGUUUUAUCUUGUAUGAUGGUGAACCUUAUUUUCAGGUGCAAAGAUGUUUGAACUCCAAGUUUUUCUUCUUCAAUUUUUUGUUUUUGCAUGAUUUCAAUAUUGGUCGUAUUAAAAUAAAAGAAUUGACAUAUUGGCAGAAAAUAUGGGUAUAAAUGGACCUCAU